UUCUUAGAAACGCUUUAGUCCGUUCGGGAAACAACAGCCCGAUCAACGUUGGAAGGCGCGGUGUACAGAAACCUGGAAUUAAAUAACCUAUUUUUGUUAUAGGUUUAAGCUAAAGAUCAUGGCACACUUGAGAGAGCUGUUCAUUUCAUUCUUACUGUGUGGUGCAGUGGAGUCCAGUUUGCGCUGUGAGGAGAAUGUGCAGGGGAAACCGUACCACUCUGUCACCUUCACCUGUCUUCUGGACGGAGGCCACCCCCAAGAUGUCAUUGCUGUGACCUGGAAGAAGGGCGAUGAGAUUAUUGCUCAGGCUAUCCCGGGGAAAGAAAAGUGGAAGCGAGAAGUAGUAGGAGAUCCUAGAGCAGAGCUGAUUGAGGAAAAGCUUCAGAAGGGAGAGGUAUCGAUGCACCUCAAAGAUGUUCAUUACACAGACCACGGCUCCUAUCAUUGUACAGUCGCCACACGCUCCAGGAAAUGGGAAGGUGUUGUCAAGCUGUCUGUCGAGGAGCCUGAGAUACCCAAAGUGGUCUUCAACCCAGAGACCGGCAUCUUUACCUGUAAAUCGAUUGGCUGGUAUCGUGAGCCUGAGGUCCAGUGGACCAAUGAGAAAGGAGAGAACCUGACUGGUCUGUCAGAGACAGCACCAGCAGAGCAGAAGGGCGAAGUAUACAGAGUGCAGUCUGUUCUGAGAAUCAGUGAUCUUCACCAGCAUUACAUCUGCACAGUCAAAGAGGGGAAAAUGGAAAAAGCAAUCAGGAACAUCAUCACACCUGGAAAGACAGAGCUCUAGAUCUCUUUCACAGGAAGAAGACCUCCUUCUACUAUUAUUAUAAUUUAAUUAAUUUGGUGAAGCAGUAGAUUUGUAUUGUAAAGGAUAUGGGCUUAACAGGAAAUUGUAUGACAGCUUUGUUUCAAUGUUAUUUGUUUUAUUGAGAGAAAUAUAAUUAUAAUUCUAGACAAAUAAAGAAAACAUUUUAUUUGCAUUUUUAAUGUUCAACUAUUGUAGUAUUUGACUCUAUUUUGAUUUAGCUUUUACUAGCAAUGUAAUUAUAUUUGACCCGUAAAUACUAUCCAUGGAUCCUGUGGACCCAGAGCACUUUUAAAAUGCCCACUGCUCUUGUGUCGAGCGUAGCCACUCACUGUACAUUCUGGUAGCUUCAUGUCAAGUCAGUGCCAGCUGUAUAGUGGUGUUCUUGCUGGGCUGGCUACUGGCUUCUGCACAGGUGGGUAUUUGUGUCCAUGGGACCCAUGGAUAGUAUUUGUAUGACAUUACAGGUUAACUUUUUUCCUUUUUUUUCAGUUUCAGUUGCUUUUAUGAAUCACUGUGACCUUUUUUCUGUAACCAUUCUUCAGUUGUCAUGGCAAGGUAUCGUGAUGGUGUUUUCAUUGAUGUUAGCACAGGUACAGUGAUUCGCCAUAGUUCCUAAUUGUGACAUUGUGCUUGAUAGUGUAAUGGCUUGGAAUGCUGAUUGAUCAAUAAACAGUCUAACAUUA